CCGUGGCAGAGUCCAAGAUGGCGGUGUCCAUGCAGCGGGGCUGCCUGGCUGGGGGGAACGGCCUUUGGGCCGCCUUGCUUUGCCUGGGCUGCCGCCUGCUCCUCCCCGCCGGGGCCAGCAGCCUGGGGGCCGCGGGAGAGGCCGCUGCCCAGCCGCACCGCCGCUUCGAGUACAAGUACAGCUUCAAGGGACCGCACCUGGUGCAGGGGGACGGCUCGGUGCCGUUCUGGGUCCACACGGGCAACGCCAUACCUAGUGCAGAUCAGAUUCGAAUAACUCCAUCUUUAAAAAGCCAGAGAGGAUCAGUGUGGACAAAAACCAAGUCUAUAUUUGUAUACUGGGAGGUUGAGGUGACAUUUCGAGUGACAGGGAGAGGCCGGAUUGGAGCUGAUGGACUAGCAAUCUGGUUUACUGAAGGUCAAGGCUUAGAAGGUCCAGUUUUUGGGGCAGCUGAUACUUGGAAUGGUGUUGGCAUUUUCUUUGACUCUUUUGACAAUGAUGGAAAGAAAAACAAUCCAUCAAUAAUUGUUGUAGGCAACAAUGGAAAACUCUUUUAUGACCAUCAGAAUGAUGGUUCCACACAAGCAUUGGCAUCUUGUCAGAGAGAUUUUCGUAACAAGCCCUAUCCUGUCCGAGCAAAGAUUACAUAUUACCAAAAAACACUAACUGUAAUGAUUAACAAUGGCUUUACUCCAGAUAAAGAAGACUAUGAAUUUUGUGCUAAAGUGGAAAAUAUGAUACUACCAUCCCAAGGGUACUUUGGAAUAUCUGCAGCAACAGGGGGGCUUGCAGAUGACCAUGAUGUACUGUCUUUCCUAACUUUCCAGUUGACUGAGCCUGGGAAAGAAGCACCUAUUCCAGAAGCAGAAAUUCCUGAGAAGGAUAAAGAGAAAUAUCAAGAGGAGUUUGAGCAUUUUCAACAAGAACUGGAUAAAAAGAAGGAAGAAUUUCAGAAGGAUCAUCCUGACAUGCACGGGCAGCCAGCGGAUGAUUUCUAUGAAACUGUAAGUGAUCGUGAAUUGAGACAAAUUUUUGAAGGGCAGAAUCGAAUUCAUCUUGAAAUCAAGCAGCUUAAUAGGCAGUUGGACAUGAUUCUUGAUGAGCAGAGGAGGUACGUCUCUGCAGUAACGGACGAGAUUACCAAAAGAGGAGCUGGUAUUCCAGGCCAACAAGGACAGAUCUCCCAACAAGAGCUUGACGCUAUUGUGAAAACUCAAGAGGAGGUCCUCAGACAAGUGAAUGAAAUGAAAAAUUCCAUGGGUGACACUCUGAGGUUGGUCAGUGGAGUUCAGCACCCUGGCUCUGCCGGAGGACUCUAUGAAACAACUCAGCACUUCAAUGACAUCAAAGAGCAUCUUCAUAUAGUAAAGAGGGACAUCGAGCAUUUAGUGCAGCGAAAUAUGCCAUCAAAUGAGAAACCAAAGUGUCCAGAAUUACCACCAUUUCCAUCAUGUCUAUCUACAACUCACUUCUUCAUUUUUGUAGCAGUUCAAACAGUGUUGUUCAUCGGUUAUAUCAUGUAUAGGAGUCAGCAAGAAGCAGCAGCUAAAAAGUUCUUUUGAUGAUCUGUUCCUUUUGUGUGUAUGUGCCUGCUGUAUGUAUGCACAGAAUAUUACAUAAGUCUGUAAAUGAGGGAAAUUCUAGUGUUUAAAAUGCUUCAAUAUUGUAAAUUAUUGAAUUUUUGCUAAACAAAAUAAGUUCUUGUUUAAAACAUUAAUACUGUGGUUAAAAACAGCCCUUAGAGCAAUGGAGCAAGUACAAAGGAAAACUGUGGAUCCUAUUUACUUUUUUUUUUUUUUUUUUUUUUUUUUUUUUUUUUGGUUACGUUUCUGGUAGAUACUGGGACUUGACCAUGGUAUUCCUAUUGUUUUAUCAAUAUGUUUCCAAGGUAGAGAAUUGGGGCAUAGAGGGCCAGUCGCUGUUGCUGAGUAUUUCAUGUCCAAUGAUUUGUGCAGAAAAAUAUAUUUAAGCAUCCUGACGUGAGAUUUCUUUUAAAUAAAAAUUUUGCAUUCCUCUAAUUUUGGGGAAAAAGCAUUGUUACAAAUAUUUUAUUUGUCAUUUGGAUUUCAGUUUGGCAAUUAUGUAGUAGCUUGUAGAUCUAAAUUUCACAAGAGUUUGUAGAAAUAACUUGGUAAUUUGUGAACCCUGAAAGCCAAAGGCCUUUAAUAACAGUCUGACUAGUAGCUGCUGGAGUGUAGAACAAAGGCGCUCUCUAUGCAGAACAAGCAAACAAAGGCUUUUGUCUUAUGAGACAAUGAGAGAAAACAAUACAUUCUAAUAAAGUAGAGGUCCUUUAAGCAGUUGUGUGGGGAUUGUUAGGGUUAUAGUUUCAUGACUGACCGUAAUUCUGUAAAAUAGUUAAUGGAACCUUUCUGACAAAGAGAUAAUAUUGCUGAUAUUUCUUAAACUCCAAUUGAGAUGAGGGCAUAUUUAAAUUGACAAAUGCUUUUAUUUUUAUAAGCUGUUUCAUGAAUCUAAUAGAAAUAUCACAGUGGAGACUCUGGUUAAUAUUUUACAUAGUAAGUGUUGCAAACUAGAAGUUUUGUGUACACGUUUCCUACUUCCUCACAAGCCGUUGUCUCAGAUGUGUUUUGCUGUUAGUCCAGCAACUCUUACUGAACCAGUAUUGUGUAAGUUAACUAAGUGUUCAGUCUGAUGGAUUUGAAGAUUGUUUAACAUUGCUUAUCAUGUGAACAUUUUUGCUUCAGGGACAAAAUGGAACAGAUGGUCAAAUUAGUAAUAAGAAAAGGAUUCACGCUACUUUGUUUACAUAUCCAUAGCAAUCUGUUCUUGAGUAGCUCUCCUACAGAGUUAAAGUAUUUCUAAGUUUCUGCAAGGCACAUGAUGAAAACUGAACGUUGGGACUGUUCUGUUUUAAUUACAGAAUGUGUUUUGUCUCAAUACCUGCAGAAAUUGUCUAGAACUUAAUGUAUGUAAUUUUGACUCCUUUGGAGGAGGCAACACAUGCUGUCAAGUUCAAUGUCAUGAAAAGCUAUUGGUUAGUAUUGUGCCUGAGAAUUUGGGGAAAUAAUAAAUCUAUGCAAUAUUUUUUACUGUAAAAAUUAAACUAUCAUAUAAAUGUGGAUGUCUAUGCUAUACCCAUAAAGUGUGAUUAGAUCCAUUCCACACCUGUUUGUAUAGCUAAAGUAUGUGAUACACUAAGUAAAUUUAUCAAACUAUACCAUUUAUAAAUUAUGGGAAGGCUUUGUUUGCAUUAGUGAUUAGGAGAAACUACUGCCCCGCACUGAUCUACAUAGAUAAAGACAAGUCAGUGGCAGAGCCCUUGCUAUAGCCUAGAGUAACACAAGGCAGCAAUUAAUCUGCUCUCUUCUCUCACACCAGUAAGUAUUUACAGAUGCCUUGGACUAAACUAUAUUUAAUGAAGAAAAUGCCAGUGUUUUAUCAGAUCAUUGUAUUGUAGUUCAUUAUCUUUACAACAAUGCACAGUAUUAUUUCUUUCACCUCUGGCGCUGGAACAUGGUCAAACAAACAAAACCCCCACUUUCAUGAUAGAUAAAUAGUUUGUAUGUUCUGCUGAAAGAAUAGAUCUCAUACGGUCCUACAUUUGGUAAAAUGAUGUACAGUUCUUAAAGAUAUCUUCCAAUUAAUACAUUCUUGUUUCUCCAUUUUGUGAAUCUCUCAACUAUGAUUUAUUCAAUUUGAAAAUUAAAAUGUUGAAGCAACCAGUGGUAUUGUAUCUUGUGUUGGGAAGAGGAAAACACUGGGGGAAGCUUUUGCAGUUUCUGAAUUAGCUCACUAUCUAAAAUUAUAUCUACACUAUCAUGUUAAAUUAAAAUGCAUUUAUGCUGCGGAUGGACCUGAUCCCACAGGAAACAAUAGCAGUUUGCCAUUGACUUCUGUGGAAACAGAAGACACAAAAUGUGCACUUUUCAAAAGGUGAUCGCAUCUAAUUCUAGCAAUGAAACAACAAUUCAUGGGUUAUCCUUGCUACUUGAUGGAGGGAUGGAUUUGACUUUACUCUCAUUCCUACCAUGACUUUAAACUGUGGCUUUUUCGUCAGACUAUCUUGUUAGCUAAAAUACUGUUUCAUUAGUGCCACUAAGUGUUGCAAUGUUGUGUACAAACACACUUGCUUUUUUCAAAUGAAUUGAAUCUUAGAGAGAUGAAAAAACUUGGAAUCUAAUUUUAACAGUUUGAGGGGCAAAUUAGCCUGGUCUGAGUCUUAAAAUUGAGUGUAGCGUGAUAAAUGGCACAUGGAAAUGGAAAGAGAAUCUCAGCACAAGACAUCUGAGCCCUUUAAGCAAAAUGCAAAAUCACGGUUAUUUAAAUUGACUGUUUCCUAUUUGAGAGACUUUGACUUGUAUUGAUGUAUAAUUACUGUAACACUGAAAAGGUUGUCCAUCUGUUGUUUUGGAAGUGAAGAACAUAACCUUAUUUGAAUAAAGAAACAUAUUUUAGUAAA